GAUAAUGCUCAGCAAAUCGUAAAAGAUUUUCCUGGUUGUAUAAUCGAUUUGGAAUUGCCGGAAUUGCCACCCGUAGAGGGCACAAAUAUGGCUCAACGGAUAUUCAAAGAUUAUUGCGAUCAUCCCAAAGAAAAUAGAACCGAUUGCGAUGUAGUCGUUUGCAUUCAACAUCAAGUGUAUAAAAAUCGCGUACGUAUUAGGGAAUUUCUUGAGGGUUUCGAUCUUUUGCACACCGGCACAGUGACAAUAAAUCAAUUUGAACGUGCUCUACAUAACAUGGGUGUGGGUAAAUACAUUACUCAACGUGAUUUUCAAUUAUUAUGUUACCGCUACCGAGAUCCCAUUGAUACAAAUCGUAUCAUGUGGCGUAUUUUCGAAGACGAAGUUGAUCGCGUUUUCACAAUCAAGAGACUGGAAAAGACUCCAUUAAAGCAGGUUGAAUCACCGCCAAAGAAUAUAAAAGAAAUGCCUCGUAGAGGCUCAUUGGAUUGGCAAGAAGUUAGUGAAAAAACGCGCGAUCUUUGCGAGGAAGCGAUUAGGAAAAUUCAAAUACGUAUACGCAACCGCAGACUUCACUUGCAUCCGUUCUUCAAGAAUUAUGAUAAAAUUAAUUCCGGGCAUAUACACUGCCGACAAGCUAAUCAAAUUUUCACUACCAAUGGUAUUUUAUUAUCAAAUGAUGAGUUGAACGCUUUGAUCGAUCGGUAUGGCAAUGAGUUAGGUUUCAAUUAUACACGAUUCCUGGAAGACGCCGAUCCGGCCGAAUAUGCAAUACCGAAAUUGAUGCCACCGGCCAGUUUGCAGGCAGCGUGUCUUUCAUUUAAAAAUAAUGCCGCCGACACCGAAAACGAGGAGCACGUUAUACAAUUACUUACGAAGGCCAAACGACAGGCCACUGUCAAGAGUAUACCGGUAAUAGACUUUUUGCAAGACUUUGAUCGUCAUCGUGAAGGAGAAAUUCUCGAAGUCGAUUUCCGUCGUGGUAUUGAUAAUGCCAACAUUAAGAUGACUCCUAAAGAAAUGGACACUAUAUGCAAAAUAUUCCGUUCGCCAAAACGCGCCUGCUGUGUACUAUAUCGGGACUUUUGCAAAGCUCUUGAUGAAAUAUUUGUACAAAUCGAAACGGUUACCGGUGAUAAUGAGAUUAUCGCUGUACCUCUUGUACAUUUAGCUAACUUGGAUUGUGUGGAAUGCUUUAUGAACUUUGAGGAACGUACCAUUUGCUCGCAAGCACUUAUGAAGUUGGCACGUAAACCGGAUGAGAUCUCCAAUUUAAGUUCGGUCUUUAAAGAUUUCGAUCGUGAAAAUUGCGGUACCAUACGUAAAAAUCAAUUAAUACGCGGCCUAACGGUACGUGAUAUGCAUUACAUGAUCAGUAGCCGUGAAUUUGAAGCCGUUUUCAAAUGCUUCGGUGUGCAACGUGGUCUUGAUUUAGAAUUCAAUUAUCGCGAAUUCCUAAACAUCUUAAGCAUUAUAUACCGCAACGGUCAAACUAAACGAAAUUAUUAG